AUUGCAAAUUUUUAUAUUGUUUUCUUUGAGUAUAUAAGGUUAAAAAUGUCGGACACUCACCCCCACAAAAUACUAAAAAUGUAGUCAUCGUUAACAUCCGGGCACUUCUCACAACCUAGAUCAACAUGGCGGCAGCAGGCAAGAAGAAGAAGAAGGCAAAGGGACAGACAGUGAGUCUGAAUGACUUCCUUGGAGACGCAGCCCCGACCAGCUAUGUCAUGGCACCCAAGUCUAAUGACUGGGCUGAUGAGACUGAGGGACUGGACUAUGACACCACCCCAACAUGGUCUGACUCUGGGUUCUCCUCUGCGAUUGACCGUGCGAAGCUCCCCACGGCCCCGCGGUCUGCACGGAUGGCAGACUUCGACGCCUCCCGGAUUCCCGACAAGCCGCCGUUCACCGCAUUCCUCGGGAACCUCUCGUAUGACGUGGAUGAAGAAGCCAUCGAGAGAUUUUUCCGCGAUAUGAAGCUAGUGACAGUGAGGUUACCUCGCGACGGUGGGGACAGCGGUCGGCUGAAGGGUUUCGGAUACGCAGAGUUUGAGGACAAGGAUUCACUUCUCAAAGCCAUUAACAUGAACAACGAGAAACUGCUGAAUCGUCAGAUCAGGGUAGAUGUGGCCGACCAAACCCAACAAGGGGGACAAGAUAGGGAUUCGAGAUGGGGAGACCGGGACGGGAAGGACCGCUCUGACGGUCGGGACAGAGCGUUGUACGACGAGUUGACAGCGGGAGACUGGAGAAAGGCGUCAUCGGAAACUGGGAUCCUCCCUCCUGCACGACCAGGAGGUGGCUUUUCAGAUCGAAGGGAUCGCGAUCGUGACCGUGACAUGGACCGAGGUGGCCGUAGCGGUGGUGGUGGCGAGGAAGAAGACAGAACCGCAGGCGACUGGAGGAAAGCUUCUGCAGAGAACGGACCAGCGUUCGGGCGCUUUGGGGACAGAGACAGUGGCCAACGUGAUAUUCGCUAUAGCCAGGAUCAGUAUGGUGAUAGAGGUCCUGGCGACGACAGAGGUGGUUACGGCAGAUCUGACGACCGUGGCGGUUACGGACGAGACCGCGGCGGCUACGAUGACAGAGACCGAGGCUUCGGGUCAAGAGACAGAGGCUACAACGAUCGUGGCUUCAGCGAUCGCGGCAGAUACGAUGAUGGUGAGAGGUCGCAGUAUGGGGAGAGAAAUCGCUACGGCGACCGGGACCGGUAUGGAGACAGGGAUCGCUAUGGCGACCGAGGCUAUGAUAGAGGAGACAGGGGUUAUGAUAGGGGAGGAGGUCGGCGUGGCUUUGGCUCUGGUUACCGUGACGACGACAGAAGAGGCGGCGGUGGUUACGACGACUACGGGAGAGGGGGCUACGGACGCCGGGAUGACCGCGCCGGAGGCGGCGGGGGGUACGGACGUGACUUUGGCGACAGGUACGGACCACGGAGAGAUGGAGACCGCUUCGGAGACCGUGACGGCUUCAGACGUGAGGAGAGGGAACCAGAAAGAGGUCCUGAAAGAGGUCCCGCGGAACGACCCAAACUUCAGUUGGCGAAACGUACCAAACCCGUGGAGAACACCCCUCCCCCGGCACCAGCUAAAUCUAGUAGUAUAUUCGGCGCCGCGAAACCCGUGGACACCGCGGCUAAGGAACGCGAGAUUGAAGAGAAGUUGGCACGACAGAAGGUGGAAGAGGAAGAGAGGUACCACCUGGAGCGAGCGUCUCGAGCCCCACCUCGCGAGCGUACGGAAAGCGGCAGAUCACGACGAGACAGCGAGAACUCGGCGACGUCGGGCAGGUCACGACACAACAGUUCAUCUAGCCAAACAAAAGGACCACGUCCUGUACCAGUGUCGAGUCAUCAAAGACACGACAGUGAACGAUCCGCCGACGGCAACGAAGUCUUCCAAUCGGACGAUUCCCCGCGGUCACCAAAGAGAGAGGAUGCCCAAGCAAAAGCCGUCCCCGCUCCCCCACCUAAAGACAACCCCUGGGCGAAACGCAGCGAGCCCCCACAGGGUAGGGACGAAGCACCGACCAGCCAACCCAGAGUUGGAGACACGCCGCCAAAAUAUGUAGACGCUCCACCUCCGAAGGAAAAUGCCUGGGUGAGAAGAGGACCAGCUUCACCCACCUCCCCCACAUCCCCAGAUGGUAGAAUCCCUGGCUAUGCUAGAGAUGCCCGGGAUAGUCCAUCUUCCAGGGGUCCCAGGAGGGACUCUGGAGGAGACCGGGGUAGAGGCAGAGGAAGCACUGGCAGAGGCAGGGUCUCUGAGGAUGACUCUGACUUAACCACAGGUGAUGCCUGGGGGCGCGGGGGCGGGCGUGGCAGCAGAGGGGGCGGGCCGCCGGGGAGCGGGAGACCGGACCUGAGACGAGACGACCGCAGACAAGAGCCGCGCGACAGCAAACCCUCCAGGCAAGAGCCAGCAGAGCCCAAGAAAUAUGUAGAACCACCACCUCCGGUUUUCAGUCAAGACAGCAAGUUUGCUGCCCUGUUGGCUGAUGAAGACGGGGGAGAGGCCAGCGAUUGAAAUCCUUGCAGCCUGGUUCCUCAGCUAGCAGAACUGUACAUUUGCUGUAAUGCAUAGCAGUAGUCAAGAACUACCACAUAGACUACCCAAUAUUAGUUUAUGGUGUAGUCAAAGGAUAAGUGAGGGGGUGGGAGGGGGGUAACUAUUGGGAAUCACCAAGACAUUUUAGGGACUUGGGGUGAAGGCAGAUGUUACAGAUUUGAGGAAUUUGAUAGUUACAGUACCAAGAUUCUCUGCAAUUUUUCUUGGCCUCCAUUGAACUUCAGCUGGACAGAUGAGUUACUUCCAAGGACUGAUAGGGUCUUGAAUAAGAAUAUAGCGGAGCAGCCUUUUGUACUUGAUAUUAAAGAAGAAGCACAAUUAUGCCAGCAGAAAUGUCAUUCAGCCGCCACUCAGAUUUGUCGUAGAUUGUAAUGUACAUGUAGGUACAUCGUCCUUUGUACUGAGAAAUACCCUACGUCCUAGGUUAUCAGCAACAAUGUAUACAAGACCCAACUAUGUUACUCUGUACUGUACAUGUUUUAUGCAGAUGAUUUUGGUGUAAGCUUUACGCUUUCCAGUUGUACUCUGUGAUCUGAUUUUGCAAUUUUUUUUUUCACUCUGUCGCCAUGCAUGAACAGAUAAUGCAGGAUGUUACUUCUUACAUGCUGAUCCAAAGGUAGUCUUUUGAUAUUAAAAAUGUAUAAUUUGGCUGCCUGCAUGCUAAUUGUUGAUGAUUGUGAUGCACAUUUGGACAUGAGCAAGUUUAUUUUGAUAUAUUUGAAUUGGUACACGACUGUCUUUUUUGGGUUGCCCUUAGGAUAGAUUUUCUUUGGACACUUAAAACCUCAUCUGAAUCAUCCGAAAAUAAUUUUAUCAGGCUGGUAGAUCAAAGGACAUUAGAGUUUUCUUUUACACAACCAGUUUUUCUCACCUGCUGACGUUUCGAUGUCUGUCAGACAUCUUCCUCAGAGCUUCUAACUGAGUUCUGCUUCUCGCCGCUAUAUGUAGCCGAUGUAGGUGGCGCUUUUGCGGCGAGAACACUAUCCCAGCAGGUGAGAAGAACUGGUUGUGUAAAAGAAAACUCUUAUGUUCUCUCAUCUGAAUCGUAUUUUGAUGGCUAACUGUCCAUUGAAUUGUAUGAACUGUGACAUUUGGAAAGAGGUGUUCACUUUUUAGAGGGAGAAAUUGGAGAAUGGUUCAAAUGUAACAAUAGGUAUGAUCAUGAAUUGUUAUCCUCAAUGUAUAUUCUUUUUUGUACCCCUUGAGCAAGAUAUGUCCUGUUAAAGAUCGGAGGCUAAGGCGUGUAAAUUCUGUGUUUAUAAACUUGAUAAUGCUUUAGCAGUAGGAAAUGUAAGCAAACUCUCCUGUUACAUAAUUUGUAGGACGGUUCUUUAAAUUUGUGCCUUGGUUACAAUGAGUAGAGAAUACUUCGUGCAACUUGCCGUAGUAGGGAACACACCAAGAGUUUCGGUAUAGUUCUUGAAUGGAUGAUACUUAUUCUUCUGUACAUAAUCCUUUGGAAAUCAGCCACAUCAGAAAUCUAACUACACACUACAGGCCAUGAAACUAGGGGUAAAGCAAUGUACAGUACAUCUGGGACAAGUCAGCCAUUCUAGGAGGAACUUGGUAGAAAUUGUAUUGUACCACUGUAUAAUACAAAUACAGAAGUUUACCUUGAUUUACUUGAGAAGCAGCCAAUUGUAAUCUUCUUACUUUUUGAUCACCGUAAUCUUUGGUACAGACUGAAAUGGUGUAAUUAAAAAGCCUAAGAGUGUAUCACUCAGAUUGUUUUGCCUGAUCUUGUAGUUUCGACCACUUACUGUCACAGUUUCAAUUCCUCAUGUGAGGUCCUUGAAUACUUAACAGGGUAUUUGGCUACUCGUAUGGUUUUUCAGACUUGAAAUUUUGCACAGUUUUACAGGUACUUCAGUAAUGUCAGUCAAAGAAAUAUAUUUUGGGGUGGAUGAACACAUGCACUUUUGGGCCAACAUGUUUUAAGGAAUCUUCGUGUUAUAUUAUAAGUACUAUGUCUUGGUAGCCCACAUGUAGAAUGACAUUGUUUUAACCAGACCAAGACUAAGUUAUUUUGAAUUCCCCCGUAUUGGUUCUUGCUCUAGCUACUGUGUAUGCUGACAGUUAAAAUGAGAACAAUGACAAAUUAGAUGUAGAUUGUAGGAUUCUGAGACAAGUGUUGCCAACUACUGUGAUUUCUAUAACUGAAUAAAGUUGGAAAACAUUU